AUGGUCUUCAAAGCCAAUACAGAUCGAGAGGAAGAAGAAGUUGAAGCAUACACGGGCCUGUUAGUGGAUCAUCCUGCGUAUGAGAAACCUACCCGAAUCUUAACACGACCGAAACGGAAAUCAGACGACGUCAAGCAAUCUGUGGAGAUCACUUCGCUGUCUGAAUCUAAUGGUAGCACUAGUGAUGGGUCGCAGGACGUGUUUACGGAUGUUAAGAUAAACGAAGACAAGGAUAGUGAAUCGACGAUGAUAUCGGGCGCGGUCAACGCAGUGCGAAAGACGCCAGCACAAUCGGGUGAAGUAGACGUGGUUGUAGACGAGGCGAAAACUCAGAAAGACAACCAUGAGAUUACUGAUUUGCUACAAGGACAGUCCAACUAUCAUCCAGACGAGAUCAAGGUCGAAGAUCAGGAAGUGCACGGCCGGUUUACACGACUAGACGAAGACGCAGAAGCUGUUAGUAUCGACAACGAAGCGACGAAAGACAACAUACCAAAUGAUUAA